CAGAGAGGGAGAGGUAGGGGAGAGCAGAGAGCGAGGAGGAGGGAGAGGGUAGAGCAAAUGAGGUGUGGGUAAAAAUUAUGGGGGACUAGAAAAGAGAGCAGUAGCCCAGCCCUGGAUAUGGAGAGAAAGAGGGUGGGGAAGAGGCAGAGAAAGAGAGAGAUCACACAGUGUAAAAUCCAGAAGAUUCAGAUUCAGUAGUAGUGCGGCGUGCAGAUCAGUAAAAGCUCAACCACCGCUGGGGAACAGCCGCCUUUUGUGUCCCCCCCCCACUGCAGUGGGGGAGUGCACUUGCCGUCGUGCCCAGGGGGAGAAGCCAAGAAGUAUCCUCCAAUCAGCCGUUAGUGAUUUCCCUCAUCUUGUGAGGCUGCUGAUGGUGAUUUAUCACUGACCUGAGACAGGCGCUGCACUCUGCUCAACCACCUGGAAUACUCACUAUGGUUUUUAUUUCUUUUCUCACAUUUAAACACCUUCCCGUGGAUAUUUCAAAGCAAACUGACCAGAGGACAAAAGGAGGAUUAAAGUGGACUUACUGACUGUCAUUCUUGUAGAUUUUUCUCCUGCAGCAGACUGAGCAUGGACUAACUUUUGCACGUGCAUUCCUGCCAUCCGAGGACAGCUUUAGAUACUCUAAUAGGACGGCUUUCUUUGUCACGUCAUGCCAUGCUUUAUUCUGAGAGCACGGGAAGCAGGGGAUCGUCCUAGAUACUCGGCUGCAACAAUCAUGUAGGUCUGACACUCAGGCAGAUAGAGGUGAACAGGAAAUGGAGAGGGGGGCUGACAGCAUCAGCACACCUGCCUGCUGAGCAUGUCUCACACUUCACCGUAGCUUGAUUGGCUGUCUGCUCUUGAGAGUUUCACUAUCAGGUUGUUUAUUCCCAUGUUUAUCAUGCUUCUUAUUGAGUAGAGAUAGCUGUCCUGUGUGCAUGAGGCCAUUGGUGUGUGUGUGUGAGGAGCCAGAGUUUGGGAUUACACACCCUCUGGAAAGGAUACAGGUGUAGUGGAGCCUUGAAUGAGGAUUAGCAGCUCUAACACCUUGUCGCCGGCAGCACACUGGGCGAUGGACCUUUCAGACAAGACUCUCAAGCUCCGACCGCUCGCUGGAGGAUUAAAGAUAAAGCUUUAACUGACAUGAUGAGACUCAGAGGGCGAGGAAACGGCAGAGAAAGUUACAUUUAGAUUCUAAUUCAGGUUAUCCUUGAAGGCUGCAGGCUGAGGCUGAUAUUAGAGGGAGUGGGAGUUCCAAAUAAAUAGACUGAGGCCAUUUGUAAUACCCUGGCAAGGACAAAUUAAAAAGCAUGUGAUGAAGUGUUUAAGAGUAGGGAAACAUGCAAAGUAUCCAGACAGGUUUAUUUUAAAAAUAAUAACCUGGUUUUGUAAGUGAAAUAAUUGAAUAUGAAGCUCUGAUGUGAUAAACAAUCUUUAGCUCUCCAAUAAGCACAGAAUCCAAUUCAUCCUUGAGUUGGUUUUCAUUUUCAUUUCUCUUCACGGUCAAGAUAGAGUCUGACUCUGCUUAAGAGGACACUAAUUUAAUUAGAAUCCAAUUACAGUGCUGAGUGUGCGAUAGCUGAGCACGUAUCAUGGCAUCAACAGAUCAGAGAAAAGCUGAAAUUCACUGUAGCACCCUUUAAAGCUACAGUUUUGGGAUGUUUCUAUUUAGUGUGGAGAGGCUGUAUUAAAAAUGACUUCUCCCCCGAUGGCAGCUCUGCUCACAGCUACAGGAAAUUUAGUUUGUGUAGUAAAGCUCGUAACAGAAAGAACUGUGUGCUGUUCCCCAUCUUGAUGCGUCUGCAGGUGUGCACAUUUUCCAGGCUGGUGUGCCCUGCCAUCCAGCUUAUCUUAGCAGCACAGCAAGAGGCUUACACAUCCUGGUUAACGGUGUAAUGGGCACCACCUUACACCACCCAACCUUUCCCUCUUCUCCACUUUAGCGGAUUUCAAUAGAGGUAAAUUAGGAAGUAGCUUUUAAACAUGCAUUGAUCUUCAAGUGGAGGAGCAGAGCUGGUGAAGAGAGGCCUGACAGGGCUUUCAGGAGUUAUCUCAGCAGACACGCUCAACAGUCCUUCAGCAAACCUGGAAAGCAGAGAGCGACUAGUGGGUGGGAAGCUUGGUGUGGGGGUGAGGAAAGCAGGAGGAAAAACAGGACUGAGGCGAGUUCUUUGAUAGUUGCAUUGUUUGUAUCUAACUUGUUCAAAGAGCAUUGCUGAAAAUGUGCUGUUUGGAGGUUAGUGCUGCGAGUGAAUAAACUCAGGAACAGCGUGGGGGAGUUCAGCUAGAGUUCUGCUGGGAAAACCUGCUCCGUACUGCAGUUUUUGACAUUAAAGAACCAAUGUAGCUCGGCUACGGCAAGUAUUCUCCGUGAUCAUUUUUGAGAAGUCACCGGAUAAAUUGACUGAAACAACUGCCUCAUCCAUUUAGUGGAGCUAAAAAAUCAGCAGGACUCUUUCAACACGUCUUUUGUACAGAGCCAGUCAACAAUCCCCCUCUUUAAAACUGUGAAAAGAUAAAGAUUAAUGGGAUGCUGGAUGAUUUGCAACAAGCACACAAACUUAAAACAAGCUGAAUUUUUGCCCACAAUGGAGAUGGAAACAAACAUGUGGGUUUGCUGCUCUGAAACUCUCUCCACAAUUAAAUUUACUCUGGAUUAUAACACUUGAUUUGGAAACACAGCGCAAGGCAAGAGAACAGCGAUACAGCCAAUUAGACUGUGCUCUCCUCUGGAAGGUGUGAGCUGCUCUGAGGAGGACUGGUGUUAUAUGCCACAACCCUGUGAAUGAGGGUGGGGCUCUCCCACUGCCACAGACAAAGACUGCACAAAGAAUCCUGCUGUGAGAAGUGGUCAUCCUGGGGCAGCCGCUGGACCUGCACAGUCCAGCACCGAGUCAAAAGUCACAAUGGGGUGCAACAUGUGUGUGGUUCAAAAGCCCGAAGACCAGUACAGAGUCAUGUUCCAGAAGGGUCACAUAAGCAACAUGCUGUGCUCUUUUGACGCUGACGGUCGAUUAAAGGUGAACGGUAAAGAGCUGUCCCGCCUUUCUGGGGAUCCCACCCUGGACAUACGGGACCCCGUGCUGUCCAACAUACUGAGGCGGGGGGCUCGCAGACGGGCUGGCCUGGCUGGAGCUCCUGGAGGGCAAGUGCCAGUGACCAUGGGCAUGGCCGACUGCGUGGACAGCUGCACCCAAACGGACAUCAGCUUCCAGCAUAUGUUGACUCUGGGCAAGAGUAGCCAGCAUCCCUGCGGAGCUCCACCCCCACCCGACCCGCCGCCUUCCCCUCCACUGCCGCCACUGCUGGAGCCAUAUCUACUCAAUGAACUCUUCAUAGAGCCCGUCUACUACGACCCCACUGACUACUUCGACAUCGCCCAGCAUGAAGUGGACAGGCAGGAUGAGCUGGAAUAUGAGGAGGUGGAGUUGUAUAAGUCUCGUCAACAGGAUAAACUGGGUCUGACGGUGUGUUACAGAACUGAUGAGGAGGAGGACCUCGGCAUCUAUGUGGGAGAGGUGAAUCCAAACAGCAUUGCAGCAAUGGAUGGACGCAUCCGCAAGGGAGAUAGAAUACUGCAGAUAAAUGGAGUGGACAUCCAGAACAGAGAGGAGGCGGUAGCUAUUCUCACCAGAGAGGACAGCACUAAUGUCUCCCUGCUUCUCGCACGACCCGAGAUAGAGAAUGACAACCAGCUGGAUCCGGAUGAUCUGGACCUGGAGCCGCUGGACAAUGCCGUCCACCUGGGAAGCAGCCACAGACUGAGGAACAGCCCCUCCGUUCUGGGUGCUGGACCAGGCGGUGUUGCAGGUGGAGGUGUGCUACGUAGCCACAGCCACUCAGUAAGCAGGGAUUCACCAGAUUUGCUGCAGACGGUGCUGAGCAACAGUCAGGAGCUGGACAGCGGAGUCGGCCGGACGGAUGAAAGCACCAGAUACGAGGAGUCUUCAGAGCACGACCUCCUGGGAGACGACCACACCAGUGCCUCCAAUACCAAUGCCACCAACACGCCUGGCAGCAUGCGCAAGUUUCUGUCCAGCAGAGGCGACACUCCACCCCUGCUGCACUCCCAGGACCUGCAGUUCAGCACCGACUCCCUCCUUGGGUUGGACUGUGUUCAUGGAGGAGGUCUGGAGCAGAUGGAGCGACUGGAGAGGGCCUACAUGGCAGAUCCUGUGAGGAUGAUGAUGCCCGGGUUGACCGAGGAGGAGUGUGAGAGGUACAAGGAGCUCCUGGAAAUCAAGUGUUACUAUGAGAAGAACAGCAAUGGUCUGAUGUUACAAGGACAGGCACAAGAGGAAGGAUGCGUCUCACUGGAUGUGAACAGGAACGAGAGCCUGACGCAGCACGAGCUGGCCCUCUUAGAGGAGGAGCUGCGACACUUGGAGUUUAAGUGUCGUAACAUCCUGAGAGCACAGAAGAUGCAGCAGCUGAGGGAGCGUUGCAUGAAGGCUUGGCCUCUUGAAGAGAAGAACGGGGCGAGUGCAGGGGCUGGAGUCGGAGCUGGACGCCUGGACAUUAAUGGUACUCUGGCGAGCGAGGAGUCCUGUCAUCACGCUCUGUCAGACAUCAAUGAGCUUCCAGAGAGGGAGCGCUCAGACAAGGACAGCACGAGUGCCUACAACACUGGAGGGGAGAGCUGCAGGAGCACCCCUCUGGUCAAUGAGCAGCACCCUUCACCCUCCACUCAGAGUCUGGAUGGAGGAGAAGCUCUUCUCCCAGCAGGGAUGCCACUUUCGACUAGACAGAGAGACAGAGGAACCCGGAGUGAAAGAGGGGACGGGACAAAUGCAAACUUGAACCAACCUUACUCCCCCCACAGCCACAGGAGAGGAGCUGAGGCAAAGACCUCCAGCCCUGGGGCAAAGGUUAGGUCGCUGUCCCGGGAUGUAGGUACCAGGAGGGGCUCAGAUGGAGGGAUGAGGCGUAACCCCAAAGCCAACGGGACAGCUGAGAGGGCUGGUGGACGCAGUGCAGAAAACAGCCCCUAUCUGUCCCGCCGUCAGCCUGAAGCAAAGCCGCCUCAGCGCUACCUGAGCUGCAUGCAGCUGAGGUCCCCCUCCACCUCUGAGCGGCUGGGUGGACUCAGAAAUGCCCCCAUGGAGGGCACUAUGGACACUGGGGGCGACGCCAGCCCCAUGAGCCUGGGCAGCACAUGUAAAGACGUCCCCCAGCCCCCAGGAGCUGUGUCCAUACCCCUGUCUCCUUCACUGCUGCCUGCCUCCCCUCGCAUGGAGUGGAAGGUGAAGAUCCGCAGUGAUGGCUCGCGCUAUGUGGCCAAGCGGCCCGUGAGGGAUCGACUCCUGAAGGCACGAGCCAUGAAGAUCAGAGAGGAGCGCAGCGGCAUGACAACGGAUGACGAUGCUGUGAGCGAAAUGAAGAUGGGCCGUUAUUGGAGCAAAGAGGAGCGCAAGCAGCAGCUGCUGAAGGCCCGAGAGCAACGCCGGCGAAGAGAGUUCAUGAUGCAGAGCCGUCUGGACUGCAUGAAAGAACGCGAGAGGGAGCAGGGCGGCGGUGCAGGAGGGCAGCAGGGAACCACACAGCAGCAGCAGGAACCAACAUCCAUCCUGGAGCUGUGUCACCGCAGGAGCAUGAAGAAGCGCAGUCGCAGGAUCCUGGACAACUGGAUCACCAUACAGGAGCUGCUGGCUCACGGAACCAGGUCUGCUGACGGGAAGAAAGUCUACAACCCGCUGCUGUCUGUCACCACAGUCUGAGAUAGGAAGGGAAGCCGAGACUUAGGGAGAGAUAAGAAAGUGCCAAAGCGUUUUGACUAGGGCCUGGAGGAUGAACACAAGCUGCUUCAGUCAACUUUGGCACAACUAUUCAUCUGCAGGGAUGCAGCAACACAAAAUCCAUGAUGGCAAUAUAAAUUAGCACUGCUAGGCCCCAGUUUAAAAAAGGAAAAAUCUUAACUGAGACUGCCAGGUUUUGUGUGUCCAGAAACGGCAAACAUCUUCCCAAAUUGUGAGAAAACACAAAUCUAUAAUGUAAUCUAACUGAAGAAGCAUUUCAGAGAUACACUUUAAAAAUCACAGACGCAGUGUAAGUUAAUCACACUGUAGCAUAUGACGGUUAGGAAAGAUAAGCGCAGAUGAACAUGUUCUAGUCAGAGUGAGAUGCUGUAAGAGAUCACACCACCUGCUCUUCAGCCAUGACAGGAGUGCCUCACAACUCCAAAGUAAUCUCUGCAGGCCUCUAUUACACUUUUAUCAUCGACAGAACAGAGAAAAAUUAAAAGUGGGGCUAAGAAUCUUGCAGCUGUGAAAACACAAUGAGGGAAAAGUCACUUCUGUGCCAUAAAACUGUAGAUUUAGCGUCCACAACCCCCCGAUCAAGCACAUCCUCAACAGAACAUUGUGUGCCACCUAAUGUAGUUACAUUUUCACCUCAUUCUUGCAGCGUUCAUAAACAAACACGCCUUUGUUUUCAGCACAGGAAAUGCAACAUCACCGUCAGAGCACAGACGUUUUUUUGAUCAUGAGUGGUGCCUUCGUUUCAGGCAGACUUGACUGUACAGCACAAUUUUCAAAGUGAUACGAAAAGACUGAAAUACUGUAGCUGAGGGAAUAAACGCUGAUUUACUAACUUGCUGAUUUUUUAAAAGGAGGGCACAUUGGAUGAUACAAGCACAGAAAACAUUCGAUAUGGUUUCAUUCUAAAAGGCACAUUUGCCACUUAAACGGACCGAAUGUCUUUUUUUUCCUCGGACCAAUAUGCUUUGGUUAAUAUGCAAUAUAAUUUAUGUUGACUGUGAUCAAGGCUAUAUAAUUACAAAUAAAUCUUCAAAAUGCCUGUUCAUCAACUGUUAACUAUGAGCUCCCUAGAAUCACAAUUAUAGUCAAGAAUGGGGCGACUAAUUUAUAAAACACACUGAAAAGCUGAUUUUUCCAUUUGGCUUACAUGCAUGUUUGAUAUUGACACUGAAAUGAUGUUUUUCCAUGUACUUUCAGAUUGAAGGCCUUUAACAUACUGUAAUUGUGGAUGUGUCUUUCUAUGACUUUGCUCCAAAUUCUAGCAUAGAAAAAAAAAACAAACCAUGGUGUACUUGUUUGUUGAAUAUUGUGAUGUCCAGUGUCAUUGCCAUUUUACAGUGAAAGCUUUUCUAAAUAAAUGCUGUGAUCAUGAAAACAA